AUGGCUUGUGGUGUAGCACUAAAACGCCCAUAUGAUUACGAAGCGUACAUAAGUCCAGACGAUGGCUCUGAUGCUAAAAGACGGUGUACAAACACGGGUUGUUCUCCUUUUCGCCCAUAUUUAGGAACUCUCGCUGCGUCACUACCGAAUGCGUCAAAUCUCUCUACGCCUAGUAAAUUUGCAUCUGGAGUUGCAAGCCACGUUCAACUAUCUCCUGGCCAGUUACAAUCCUAUCUGAAAGCUGAGGUACAGCUAGUUUGUGAAAGACUUCUUAAGCAGCAAGAAAUCCGCAUUCGUUUUGAAUAUGAAAGCAAGUUGAAUAAGUUGCUGGAAGAACAACACGACCAAUUUGUUCAGUUCACUAGGGAGCAGGAAAAGCAGCACUCAUCUUCUAACGCCGAAGAGCUGUCAUAUUAUUCUUAG